UCCGGCAGCACAAGGUGCAGAAGUGGGGCUGUCAGUUUGGUGCCCAGUCCCUCAGCCCCCAGCACCCUGUCUUCUGCCCCCAGUCCCAUCCACGGCUUCGCAGGAUGAGGCCAUAGGUACCCUCGGCCCCUCCUGCCCUCUGGGGCCUAGGGUGCCUCGCCCUGCUCCUCUGGCUGUGGAUGUCGUGCAUCCACUCAGGCAGGAAGCGGGCACAGAGGCAGCUGUCUGGGCUGCAGGGCAGUGUAACACCAGCAGAAGCCUCACUGCUGAGACGACCCCACCACUGCUCCCUCGGCAAGUCGGACACCAGACUGCAUGAGCUGCACCGCAGCCGGCCCUGCAGCAGAGCCCCACGGCCUGCCAGCAUGGAUCUGUGCCCACAAUGGCUGGAGGCGUCCAGAGGCAAGACAACCAGGCCCCCGGCAGCCUUCCCACACCAGGAGCUGCCCCUGGCCACGCCCUCCACCGGCCCUGAGGCCACCUAUUCCAAUGUGGGGCUGGCUGCCAUCCCCAGGGCCGGGCUGGCAGUCACCUCUGGGGUGUGGGCAGGGGCACAGCUGACCAGCAGCUGUGCCAGGCCUGGUCCCGAGGCCAUACCCGUGGUGGCUGAGUAUGCGUGUGUCCAGAAGCUCACGGGAACAGAUCGGGGCCCCCAAGGCCUGGAGCAGGGGAAAGUCGAGGCGACCCCAGCUGCUCAGGUGGACAUCCUGUAUUCCAGGGUCAGCAAGCCUAAAAGGAGGGACCCAGGACCUUCCACAGACCAGCCAGACCCCAAGAGUGGGGAAGUGAGUUUGGCUCUGGGGAGUGACCUGGCCUACGAGGUCCUCCCUCUCAGGGGCCUGGGCAUGGACAAGAGCCUCCUGGAAAACGUGUAUGAGAGCAUCCAGAAGAUGGGGGCUCCUGGGUACCUGGAACCCCCCAGCUCCAACUCCUACCAGGAGAGGACAUGUGCAGGGCAUGGAGACCCCCUGCUUCCUGUCUAA